UAUAUAUUGAAGUAAUCAAAGUUGAGGUAUACAUCGGAUAAAACGAUAAGUGAAGGAGACGCCGCCGCAAAUGAGAGGUGGUUCUUCUCUUGCUGGUGGAAGUAACAAACCAGAACGACGAAGAAGAAACUCAACAUCGCCAUUGAAGGAUCGAACCAAAACAACUUCAACAAACUUGUCAUCUUCAUCCAAACGAAGCUCUUCACCCUCUGCUACUACUCUCCUCGAUGAUGACCCAACCACUGUUCUCUUUGAUGAAUACACUAACCCUAACCCUCGAAGCUUCCCUCACAGUGUUAAGCAGAAAUGUUGGGAAAAAGCUGAUAAGGUUAAGGGACGGGACCCAGAUCGAUGGCGUAGGGACCCACUUGGGAACCUUAUCUUUCGGAAGCUUGUAGGUUGUCCUGGUUGUUUGUGUCAUGACUAUGAUCACAUUGUUCCUUACUCUAAGGGGGGCCAAAGCACAUUGGAAAACUGUCAAGUAUUACAGGCAACAGUUAAUCGAUCAAAGGGUAAUCGAACAGAUAUCUCCAAAUCUGAUCUUAUUCAGAAGAGUUCUUAUUGCAGGGUUUCAGAUCGUGAUAUGGAUCUUCUGGAAUUGUCUGCUUUUGGCAAUGUUCGACGUGGACAAGAUACUGGAGGAUGUAGAAUUCAAUAAAGAAAAUGAACAUUUUAUAAAUAUUAAUUUAUUGUGUGGUUGAUUUCCACAUGGAGUUGAAUGAUGACAUUUUUUGGAGCUUCAUCUGUGCGACUGCAAAGAUAGCGAUGGCAUUUUCAUCUCUAAAGUUGAUGUAUUUGUUAGCAAUAGGCCUCUUAUCACUAGGACUUGUUGGAAGGAAGCAUAGAAAUCAAAUUAGUGUUGAAGCAGAAGUUAUGUAAUAUUAGUAUGCACUAGGCAGUACAUUUUAUUAUUCUUAAAUGUUGUCUGUGCAUUAACUGCUAUGUAACUGUUGUAGGAAGUCAUAAACUGUUGUUGGAA